UUUAGCUGUUUUAUCUGAGAAACAUCUGAGGUUGCACAGGGUUAACAGUUUGUUCCUUUGUGUUUAGGAAUGACUGGUAUGUGUCAGCCAAAGAUACAGAUACUUUGAAUGGAAAUUCAGCAGUCCUUCCACAAAUCAUGCAUAUCACAAAAAAUGAAACCUCUUCUGCUAACUGCAACCACAGCACGAUGUCAACAUGUUUGUCUGUGAGUGACAUGCCAAUUGGGUGUGACUGUCCGGGCAUAGAUAUUAAGAACAAACGUGCAGGCAACUGAAAAGAAAAACGUGAAUGACGGUUGUCGGUUGCUGGUCCCUGAAGUCUUAUUUUAAUAUCUGUCCUUGCGACAGUAUGUGUAGAUGUAUAGAAAGGGGCAGAGGAGCGUUACUGAUGAGAUAGAGGUGGCGUGGGUGAGGUUGAGAUGGGUGGGUCCUGUAUUACAGUGGUUGUUUGACUUGCAAAGCAGCCUGGGUGCCCGCGAACUGGGCAUUGAGAAAAUGCUCUUCCCUGGAAGUGGAACGACAGGGACACGGACAGCUGCUUUGUGCUGGGCUGCGGAUUUGUCACCCACAGACAUGAAUUAGUGAUAAGGAAUGUUUCAAGCCAUGAGGAGGUGUCGGGAUCAGCUCUCAACUCAGACAUAGAGCACAAGCUGCACAACCUAGCUCCCAGCAUGCACUCUGAUCCCCACUGCCCUCUGCCUAGCUGUCCUCCGCCACCUCUUACAGAACACAUGAACAAGUUCAUGCACACCCAUACAGGCAGACGGACAGACGGCAGGACGGAUACACAGGUGGGGGCUGUGUUAGGCGGCUCGGCGGCAGGCUGGUGGAAGAUGUCGUCAGGAGCCGGAGGGAGAGGUGGAAGGCGGCUCAGAGGGACAGCAAGCAGCGGAGGUGGAGGAUGGAGAGGAGGGGCUGGAGAGGCAGAGGAAGGUCCCGUGGGAAUCCCUUUUCCCGAGCACAGUGCAGACAUCCUGGGGAGCCUGAACAAGCAGCGGCUCAGUGGCCUGCUGUGUGACGUGCUCCUGGUCACCCAAGAUGGCGAGUUCCCGGCUCACCGUUCCGUCCUGGCAUCCUGCAGCUCCUACUUCCACAAACUCUUCACUUCAGGGGCCGCUGCUGACCAGCAGAACAUAUAUAACAUUGACUUUGUGGCAGCGGAGGCUCUGGGAGCUUUGUUAGACUUUGCCUACACAGCCACAUUGACAGUCAGUCACAGAAGCGUAGCUGAAAUCCUUGCCGCUGCACGCCUUCUGGAAAUCCCACCUGUCCAGGACGUCUGUACACACCUGCUGGACACCAAAGUGCUCUCCCCGCCGGCGGGCAGUGAGCGAAGAGAGGAAGAUCAAGGUGAGGAGGGAAAAGGUAGCGGAGGCAGGGAGCAGGGCAACCAUGCGCGGGCCCGCGAGUACCUAGAGUACUUCCAGAGAGGGGCACACUGGAGCAGCAGCUGCAGCACGCCAGAGCUCAGGGACCUGCCUACACACCUGCACUUUAACCACGGUAACGGCCCCAGCAACGGGGCUCCUGGUGGCCCCAGUGAGUACUACUCCCCCUUAGCCCUUGCCUUGGCCCAAGCCCCCACACAGGAUCCAGAGGAAGAGGAUGAGGAUGAAGAGGAAGAAGACGACGGUGAUGUAGCACAGGGAAAUGGAUUGACCCUGGGGUCGUCGUACUACCCUCCAUCCCAAAAUGGGCACCCAUUUCUGCCCCCUGAGUCUAGGCUUGGGCAAGAGACCGAGGUGGACGAUGGAAGCAGAGAGAUGAUAGUAAGGGAGAGGGGUUCAGCCAGUGCCCUCCUGCAGCAUAUGAUGGACUCCAUCGAAAGGCAGAAGGAGCUCGCAGCGACUGGGGAUGAAAAAGGAGAUGGGGAUAGCCCCGACGUGGAAUUUUACUUGAAUUAUUUUAACAGCACACAGCAUGAGGAUACAGCUUCUGCUGCUGUGACACAGGGAGUGCCACCGCUCUGGCUGUCACGGGGCAGUAUGGGCCAAGACAGAGGAGGAGGCAGAGCGGAGGGAAGGCUUGCAGAGAGAGGCAGCGGGGGUGGAGGAGGCGCUGGAGGAGAGAGGAAGAUGCGCUCUAAGGCCUUCCAGAAGUGCCCCAUAUGCUCCAAGGUCAUUCAAGGAGCAGGCAAGCUACCCCGUCACAUCCGAACGCACACAGGAGAGAAACCCUAUGAAUGCGCCAUCUGCAAAGUGCGCUUUACCAGGCAGGACAAGCUCAAGGUUCAUAUGCGGAAGCAUACAGGAGAGAAGCCUUAUCUGUGUACGCAGUGUGGAGCCGCCUUUGCUCACAACUAUGACCUGAAGAACCACAUGCGUGUACACACUGGCCUCCGCCCCUAUCAGUGCACAAGCUGCUUUAAGACUUUUGUGCGUUCAGACCACCUGCACCGUCACCUCAAGAAGGACGGCUGCAAUGGCGUCCCUUCUCGCCGAGGCCGAAAGCCUCGGGUGCGAGAGCCAGGGCUUCUCGAAGCCCCCCUGAGCCUGCUGAACCCCAGCUCUGACACAGGUUCUGGGCCUCGUACCAUAAGGGGACGGCGGCGGUCUGAAGCAUCCUCAGCAAUGGAGGUGGAAGGAGUAGCUGGAGCCCAUGCACACAGUCCUCAGCUGCAGGAGUUGGUGGGGGAGGCAGGACCCUGAGGCUGCAGGGGCAGCGAGGACAAUGAUGGACACUAUAGUCACUCUGCACUGCCUGUGAGACAGGCUAAUGGACAGAGAGGAGAAGACACAUGCAAAGGCAAACUUAAAAAAAAACAAAACAACUAACUAUUCCUCUUUAAACCAAAUCAGGGUGUCACAAAAAUUGAAUCUUUAUAUUUCUUUCUCCUUUACUUUAGGGAACAAAGUAGAUUUACAAGCACUUGAGUCUGUUAAAGAGCAAAGAACGCUUCAAAUCAUGCACCCAUCUUGUCCCCUUUCUGGGCCAUUCUUUUUCUUUAUCAUAAUAUUAGAGAUUUUGUACAUUGGCAUAUGUGCUUAGGCAAAUGUACGGUAUAUAAAGAAACUCUGAGCAACUAUGCAGUUGAUUUAGAUUUUUACUGGUGUUGUCCUCACAGCCUUCAAGCUCUAAGCAAGGUGUCUGUCAAGCACCUUCUGGCUGCUGUACGGGUGAAGCGAGGACAAAUCCUCCCAGUGAAAGCAACUCUUUUUCUAUUCUUUUGCAGGUCUGAAAUGUACAGUUACCAUAGAAACAACAUUGCCACAAUAUGGCAUAUGCAAGGAAAAUUCACCACAGUUUUGAUUCAACAUUUCUUCCCCAAAUGAUCCAGAAAGAAUCAGACAGUGGUUUGAUUGAAGUGUUACUUACUCUACAAAAAUGCAUUUUUUUCUUAUUGGGAAAAAAAACGAAUUCAUGUUGAGUCGAAUCCACUUUACGGGGGCUCGCCAGUUGCAAGUCUUGGCAAAUUGAGGGGUGGAGGGUUUGUGUUUCUGAAGCACUACCAUUGUUAAUGUAUCUGUUAGACUACGCUUGACUACGUUGCCUCUUAUCCCUCACAACUUUGCAAUUUCAGCAUUUCUGUUUUGAUUAUGUCUUAAUUUUUUGUUGUUCCUUUAUGUUGACUGCUUUGGGUACUUGACACUUUAUAAUUGUAUACAUGUAUAUACAGCAGGUGGUGAUAUGACAUGGGUCCCCUCUUGAUGCUGAGGUGUACUUACCAAUUGGGUUUUUUCCUUUUUGGCUUGAAGUCAUAUUUCUCACAGAGUGAAGCUUGUGGGUGAAAAAAAACUGUAUGAAUGUUUGAAGAAACAUCAAGUCACCCAUUUGUCCUAAACGUUAACACUUGACAUGUAUAGUUCCUGCCCAAAGGACGAGGAGGUCGAUUGAAUGAAUGUGCAUAAGUUUUUCGGAAUCUGUCCUUGUGUUACAAGGCACGGGUAGCAUUUAACCAACUGCAGGUUAAAGGAAUGGCAGGGAGCCCCAGUGAGAGUGACAAAGCGUACGAAGAAGAGAUAGAUGAGCACCUUUUUGUCUAUGUUUGCACAGCUUUACUAAAGAUAUCCAACAGAGUGAGAGAGAGGUAUAUUAAAAGGCGGUGGGCUGCUGUGGAGAGGGAGUGAGAUGAGGUUUAUGUAUCAUACUUAUUCCAUUCUUUUUGCCCAAGGGACCACACAACCGUGAGGCAACCUGUGUGAUGAAGAGAGCAAUAAAUACCUGUCCAAGUUGUGAGGCCAAAUAGGAGCACAGCUGCAGCUGGUUGAUGGGGGAGGGGAACAAGGGAAGGGGAGCGGGAUCUCACAAUGUCUGUUGCAUUCCAAAAAAUAAUCUCCCCCAGCUCAGCCACGUUUCCAGGCAGGAGGGGAUCAAAUCAGACCCUUUCUCUCCCUCUCUCUCCCUCUGUAGUCCUCUAAUGCCCGCAAACCAGCCUGUAGGGGAUAUUAUUAUAUUAGAGCCUGGUGUAACUGUGGGUAGGAUGCCUGGUGCUGGCAGUUUAGCUUGUAUGUGUGUGUGUGUGUAUGUGAUUGUAUAUGUGCGUGUGGCAGCCGGGGUCCCUCUGGCCACAUCAUCACUGUGUGAGUCAGCCACAGCCUGUUCAAACAUGCACCUCGAGCUGCCAGCCCCUAUGCACUUUCUCGGUUGCGAACACACACUUGCACUCACUGGGUCCAGCUAUCCUGUCCUUUAUGGGGCAAAAAUGGGAAAACACCAGGUCUGGCAUAUCUGUGAUUGUCAGUGACUUCACACAUCUAUAUUUGCUCAUCCUAAAAUAUCCAAUUAGUCUUUUUUCAAGCCUAGGUUUCCAAACUAGCACAGUUGAGAUAAGAAAGCACGCAUGACAAGAAGACCCCCCCCCCACCCUCACAUUAGGCCAUCAGUCGUUUUGCACCCCAACUGGAAAGAGGCAGGUUGAGAAAGCACUUUGUUACUGACGAGGGCACCUUUGUCAACAAAACGGGUACUUUGAAAAAAAAAACUCAGUUGUAAAAGAGAUGGGCCCUUUUUCUGUCCGUACUGGUAAAGUGAGCUCCUUAGCUGGUUUUGCUUGAGUUUGACCACAAGCUGCCAACAAAUAAUUAAGCCAGAAAUGUAAAACCUCUAGAAGAGAAACCAGAAACAUACAGUACAAAGAUGUCAAGUGUUGUGACAUUAACAAAAGAUUCAAUUUAUCCAUGUAACUGAUUGCACUUGAAUUUAGUUGUUGCAAGAAAUCUAGUUUGUUUUCUCUUAAUGUUAGGUAAGAGGGUAGAAGUAGGAGACCAAGAAAAAAGGGCACCGUGUGUGUGUGUGUGUGUGUGUGUGUGUGUGUGUGUGUGUGUGUGUGUGUGUGUGUGUGUGUGUGUGUGUGUGUGUGUGUGUGUGUGUGUGUGUGUGUGUGUGUGUGUGUGUGUGUGUGUGUGUGUGUGUGUGUGUGUGUGUGUGUGUGUGUGUGUGUGUGUGUUUGUGUGUGUGUGUGUAGCACACAUUGCUGGUUGGCAGGCUGGAGGGUCUCAGGACAAGCUUGGAUAAACAAACUUUGUGUCUACCCCAUCUGUUCACCAGCUACUCUCAUAACUACACAUGUUCUCUGAGGAACCACAGUGAUAAUAGGCCUACGGUACCACCCAAGCAAAAAUACCAUAUUGCUAUAUACAACUCAUUGGGCAGUGGCUUCUUUUUUUACUUCGUAGCUCUCUAGGUGCAGAUUUGCAUAACUCUCUGUUUACCCUUGUCGGUCAUUGUCAUGCGUUUGCUAGGUCUUGAGAGUUUUACUUUUUUUGCUUCUCUGUUAUGAUGAUGGAUGCUUAAAGAUGUAAAGAUGGAGUUUAUGAUUGCACAGAUUCGCCUCCGUGGGCAGACCAAUGCAAGCUGGGGAUGUGUACCAGGUUUAUGGUCUCUAUGUACAGUGGUACUUGAUAUGGAUGUCUUAAACCCUAUUUGUCUUGCUGUGGCAGAUUUUUUUAACCUGUGAACCAUCCUAAAAAUAAUUUUUACCUUCCCCUAAAUCUUUUGUUGUUUGUUGAUAAACCAAAGCUGUUGUUUGUUUUUGCCCUCACUGGUCUAUUGUAAACUAGAAGCAUUGAAAGUGUGUCUAUAAUUUAUACAGACUGGGCCUCCCUGACUAAGCUACACACAGAUGCCCUCCUUUUGAAUAUAUAUGCAGAAAUGUGUUCGGAACCAUCCAGAUAUUUACUUGAGUUAGCUUUUAGACAGUUAGCUCUGUCUUUGUAUUCUUGUGGACAAAAGAAUCAGAGGUUUAAAAGAUGUAUAGUUUUUUUCUGUCUAUCUACACUCAGUUUUCUUAAAAUAACAUGUUGUGCAACAGUUAUUUUUUCUAACGACUACAUGGCUGUGUGUGUGUGUGUGUGUGUGUGCGAGUGAGUGAGCGAGCGUGCGAGUGAGUGAGUGAGCGUUGGGGGUCGUGGUUUUGUGUUGCUGUGCCAGGCGGGUGGGGUAAAUGGGUGCUUGGGUGGGGUUAUGGAUAUAAAGCCUGAUAGCACUGGAAAUGGUGCUUUAGCUGCGAGAGCAAAAGUUUGCACUAACAUUAAAUGUCCUUGUCCUGCUUAUGGGAGAGGGGCAGGAGACCUCAGAAUGGCCUGCAAGUUUCCAUGAGCACAGAGCAGUGUGGUUAUUACUCAGUGGUCUCGUAAAGACUCCAUCCAACCCCUCCAUAGAAAUAAUAAUGUACAGUGUAUUAAGAAAUAUACAGACGUCCAACAACAAUAAAUACCAAAGGAAACAUGAUGAUUCAAGUCAUCGGAAAUUUUAAGCUAUCAAUCUAAUGUUGGGUUAAUAGAGUUUUAUUGUUAAAUUUAAACAAGAUUGUCAAUGCAGCUUUUGGUGGUAACUAGAAAGGAUGAUAACAGUUAAUUGUGUAUGUUUAGACUCCUAGAAAGUAGCGAAACCUGUCCAAAAACAUUUGAGCUGGGCCUGCUCCGAGGUUUAAAUUAUUUUCAAAUUUAAAGAUGGAUUUUUUUUAAACAAUCAUGAAAUAUGUUGUGAAAUGUCAAUAUUAUUAUUGUUGAACACUGUUAAUUUGGUCAUCACUGAUUUGGAGUUUUCUUUUUUUAUUUGGAUAGUAUUUAAAUGUACUCUAAAUGAAGCAGACUGGGACCUUUUGACCUUUUCAGAGCAGCACUAUGCCUGUUGUUUUUAUAUUCCAGACAGUCAUGUCGUGCAGUGUGAGGCUGAGGCUCGUUCCCACCAGGUGGACGAUGCAACAUCAUGGGCCACAGUGUGCCUUAAGUGGACAGGAACUGACAAAACUCACACCUCUCUGUUUAUUUUUUUCUCCAUUAUAGUUUUCUGCCCAUAUCUCAAGAUCAAAUAGUAAAAGCUCGUUAUUUUGGCACAGAAUCUGAUCAUUCAGCUGUUUAAGCUUUACUUGAAUAGAUGUGUGUAAUACACAUCUCAGCUAGCCAUCAGACCAGGGCUGCGUCUUGACCAGCCUCUAUGGCUCCACCACUGGUGUGUGCCCGGCCUCAGCCCCAGAUCCAGGUUACACUGACACAGGCUUCACUGGCACCGUCUCAGAACUUCAGAGGAAGUGUUUUCAAAAACUGACCUUGACAUGUUUUUUAUCUAUUAUCAAAGAUUUCUGGUGAAUCUGAGAAGGCCAAGAAACAUUGAUGACCAACAGCUAUAAUAAUAAUGAUAACUGUAAAUAAUCAAACACAGCAGGAUGGGGCGACUGUUAUUGUAGUGAUUUGCGUGAAAAGCGGGACUGUUUUCAUUUGCUUGGUCAUUUCGCUGCACAUGUGAUUUUGUGUUUUUCGCGAGGCUCUCCAUGCACAGCAAGCUGAGCGCAGCAUAUGCAGUACGGCGCUAGGCGCAGCGUGGCUCUGGCACCUUCGCAGACAGCCCUGGGUCCUGAGAGGCAGGCUGCUGUCUGUUGGCGGCUCUCAGCCUCGCGGGGACAGUUUUCACUGGGAGCCGUUCACAGUCUGUGGGGAUAGAAAUGCUGGCGUACAGGGAGGAGGAUUAAACGGGGGGUUUCGGGGAUGAGGUUAGAAAGCCCAGGUGACCGUUGGUCCUCUAAGCUCUUGGGAUUUGCAUUGCCACAUUAUGACAAGAAUUGUAAUACAAAGGAGGCGACCUCAGAUUUCACAUUGGGAAACUGCAACAAGGAGAAUGUUGCUGAACUCUUUUGUCUUUUGUAAGUACUACUCAGGUGGAAAAUACACUGCUAUGCAUUAGUUUUACUCUGUGCUCGGUUUGUCCUAUGUCUGAUCUCCCUCCAGGUUACUUCUGAUUUUCUGCUUCCUUGUUCACACCGAUAUUAUACAUAAUAGUUCCCAGAAGACUGAAAGCAGGAACAGUUUCCUCCUUGUAAAGUGGCUGUGACUUAGUGUAUUUUUCCAUCUAAUAUUGAUUAAAUUGUUUGUUGGAGGGAGUGAAGCCACUGGAGACUCGGUCUUAAUAGUCUAGACUGUAGCGCUUUUGAAAGGAGAUGGGCUUGGAAAGAUGCAGGGUAGAGCUGCAAGUUCUCUCACGCUCUUUUCCCAUUGCUCUUCUUCUCUCCGGAUUCAGUCUUUGCUGCUGACUGGCCUUUGAUCAAAGAUCACACACCCUCAGCAGGGGAAUCGACAGGAGAGACGGGAGGGAGGCAGGAGGGAGAUGAUGAGGUCUGGAGGAAGAGACAGUUCCAGUUUUUAGUCACCUAAACCAAUUUAGGAUACAUUCCAUAACUUCAUACUGUGAUUCCCACUCUGGACGUUUUUGCAGAUGUAAAACAUGCGAGUUGGAGUUGGCAGAAAGAAACGGUCAACAUUCUGUCUUUGGCUAUUUCAGGCAGUCUGUCUAGCUUCACUAUCCCUCUGCUGUGUGACCGGUAGAUCAAAAGGCCCCCGUGUUCCGCUACCCAACUGCCUUUUUCAGCUUCUGCGAUUGUAACAAAGCACUUUGCGAAAGGCCAUCCUGAUUUUUGUGUGCUUUUAUUUUAAAGUUAUCACUAUUGUUGGUAUUUUGUUGUUCCUGUUGCUGUUUUUUGUUUGUUUUCUCAGUGCAGAUGAUUAUUUAAAUGAAAAAAAAAAACAAUAUGAUGAAAAAUUUAAAAAGAACAAAAAACUUGAAUAUUUGGUUUCUGGGUUGGAGGUGGUUCAAACUGCCAGCUGAUCUGGACAUAAACACAUCUCUGGUAAACUACCACCUAUUAUAUGCAUCUUAAUGCAUAGUAAUCAUGGCGUGUAGAGAGGGGUAUACGUGACAGGUUCCCCCCUACCUGCUUUUUGCCUACUGUCAUAGAUCUCGUUGGGAGAAAGGCCAUUCGAGCUCCUUUUGGGAGACUCCUUUUUCUUUUGAAAGAAACCUGUAACAAUUGCAAAGCUUUCUGAGAAGGCUGGCUGUGCUGAAUGUUAAACAUGCAGUGUUGUAUCCACUGCAGAAUCUCUUUGUCUGCAAUAACACCCUUUAUGUAUAGUUCAAGUUGGAUCUGGUAUCCGUAUAAAGCUUCAAUGAUUGAAUCGAAUGAAAUGGCCAAAUGACCAUCAUGCACUUUUGCAAAUCAGUACAAGAAACUUUCUAGGGGCUCAACAUCUAUGUCAAAUCAAGAAUAUUGCAGUAGAGAGGAAAGAAAGAAAUGAAUCCUAGUAAAUAUUCAGUAAAUUUACAGUUCUGUAAAUGGUUUAACUUGGGAGAAACCAAUAGGCUAUUUAUAACAGAUUGAUUUUUAGCUGUGAUUCCUUUAAAGACAUGUCCAAUGUACCUUUGCAAAUGCAAAAAUGUCCCCCUUCUAAAACCUGGACGUUCUGGACCGUUUCAAUGCAUGGUGGACAGAAAACCGCUCCGAGGCUUGUCUGCUAGACAUUCAUUCUAGUUCCGUGCUACCACAGCUCUGUCCCGACGGCACAAUACCUGCUGUGACAUCACUAAUUGAACCAACUGUGGCCAGAAUGUGUAACAUCAUCGAACAUUUCAAACUCCGGCAGCCGUUUUCUUCCCGCGGUGACAGAUUGCCUAUUUAUUUGUAUUGAACCCGCGUUCUCGUAACACCCUUUUUCUUAGCGUAAAGCUCUGUCAGUCCGUACCUGUUGGAAGCUGCAGGGGUAGAAAGGGGUUGGGAGGUGAUUCUUGUAGAGAAUUUGCACUUUUUGGCGACAAAAAAAUUGUGUAUGAGACCACUAAAUCCACACAAUCUAAACCAUAUAAUUCCAUUUUUGUGUCAUUUUUUUGUUCUGUUCUUUUUUAAAUAUAUCCAAAAAUGUCUGGCAUCUGGUUGUCUGGUUUAAAGAAUAUAAAAGUCUUUCUAUUAAAAACAAUGGUUACAAUGGU